CCCGCUCCCGCGCCGCCGCCGGGGCCCCGGACUAACUCCGUCGCGAUCUCCCGCAGCCCUGCGCUCGGCGGGCUCACCCGCUCCGCGGCUCCCGCCGGGCACGCAGACCCCGGCCCGCCUUCGGCUCCCCGACAGAGGUAUGAAGAUGAAUAAUGCAGACCACUGGUUUCGAUGAUGCUGGGCUUUUAUAACUGGAUUCAUUAAGGAAUACAAAGAAAAUUCUUACAGGGAUCAAUAAUGGUGUCUUCUGGCUGCAGAAUGCAAAGUUUUUGGUUUCUGCUCAUUAUCAGCUUCCUGCAGUGUACUGAAGGUUUCAGCCGAGCAGCGCUCCCAUUUGGCUUGGUGAGGAGGGAGCUCUCCUGCGAAGGCUACUCCAUCGACCUGCGGUGUCCGGGCAGCGACGUUAUCAUGAUAGAGAGCGCCAACUAUGGACGGACAGACGACAAGAUCUGUGACGCUGACCCCUUCCAGAUGGAGAACACAGAGUGCUUCCUUCCAGACGCCUACAAAAUCAUGACACAAAGGUGCAACAACCGAACACAGUGUAUAGUAGUUACUGGGUCAGAUGUGUUUCCUGAUCCUUGUCCUGGAACAUACAAAUAUCUAGAAGUUCAGUAUGAAUGUGUUCCUUACAUUUUUGUUUGCCCGGGGACGUUGAAAGCAAUUGUGGACUCACCGUAUUUAUAUGAAGCUGAACAAAAAGCAGGUGCUUGGUGCAAGGACCCUCUGCAGGCUGCAGAUAAAAUAUACUUCAUGCCAUGGACUCCGUACCGCACGGAUACUUUGAUAGAGUAUGCCUCUUUGGAGGACUUCCAGAGCGGACGCCAGCAGACCACCUACAAACUCCCAAACAGAGUGGAUGGCACUGGAUUCGUAGUGUAUGACGGCGCUGUCUUUUUCAACAAGGAAAGAACUCGGAACAUUGUAAAAUUUGACUUGAGGACUAGAAUCAAGAGUGGAGAGGCCAUAAUCAAUUAUGCUAAUUACCAUGACACCUCUCCGUACCGGUGGGGAGGAAAGACUGAUAUUGACUUGGCGGUUGAUGAAAACGGCUUGUGGGUGAUUUAUGCUACGGAGCAAAACAACGGGAUGAUAGUAAUUAGCCAGCUGAACCCCUACACCCUGCGCUUCGAGGCCACCUGGGAAACGGCCUACGACAAGCGGGCGGCGUCCAACGCCUUCAUGAUUUGUGGGGUCCUGUACGUGGUGCGGUCGGUGUACCAGGACAACGAGAGCGAGACUGGCAGGAACGUCAUCGACUACAUCUACAACACCAGGCUGAGCAGAGGCGAGCACGUGGACAUUCCUUUUCCCAACCAGUACCAGUACAUCGCCGCAGUGGAUUACAACCCCAGAGACAACCAGCUGUACGUGUGGAAUAACAACUUCAUUCUGCGAUACUCCUUGGAGUUCGGCCCACCUGAUCCUGCCCAAGUGCCUACCACAGCAGUGACAAUAACUUCUUCAGCAGAGCUUUAUAAAACCACAGUGUCAACCACCAGCACCACGUCACAGAGAGGUCCCAUAAGCACAACAUCAGCUGGAGGAACGAAGGAAGGAAGCAGAGGACCCAAACCACCGCCACCCAUUUCCACAACCAGAAUUCCUCCCGUGACAAGUUUUUUCCCUUUGCCAGAGAGAUUCUGUGAACCGACUGAGGCCAGGGGGAUUAGCUGGCCUCAAACACAAAGAGGAAUGAUGGUUGAACGCCCUUGCCCCAAAGGAACACGAGGAACUGCCUCAUAUCUCUGCGUGGUCUUAACGGGAAUGUGGAACCCCAAAGGCCCUGAUCUUAGCAACUGUACCUCACACUGGGUAAAUCAGCUGGCUCAGAAGAUCAGAAGUGGAGAAAAUGCUGCUAGUCUGGCCAAUGAACUGGCUAAGCACACCAAAGGACCGGUCUUUGCUGGUGAUGUUAGCUCGUCCGUGAGGCUGAUGGAGCAGCUCGUGGACAUUUUGGAUGCUCAGCUUCAGGAGCUACGGCCCAGUGAAAAAGACUCUGCUGGAAGGAGUUAUAACAAGCUCCAAAAACGAGAGAAGACGUGCAGGGCUUACCUUAAGGCAGUUGUGGAUACAGUGGACAACUUGCUCAGGCCUGAAGCUCUGGAGUCCUGGAAGGACAUGAAUUCUUCAGAACAAGCCCAUGCAGCCACGAUGUUGCUUGAUACAUUGGAAGAAGGGGCUUUUGUCUUGGCUGAUAAUCUUGUAGAACCAAGCAGAGUCUCAAUGCCCACAGAAAAUAUUGUUUUGGAUGUCGCAGUGCUUUCUACUGAGGGCCAGGUGCAGGACUUGCGAUUUCCUCAGGCUGGUAAAGGAGGCAACUGGAUUCAGCUCUCUGCACGAACCAUGAAACAGAACAGCAGGAACGGAUUAGCCAAACUGGUUUUCAUUAUUUACAAAAGUCUGGGUCGUUUCCUCAGUACUGAAAACGCAACCAUAAAGUUGGGCAGCGACUUGGCGGGGCAGAACAGCACCAUCGCCGUCAACUCGCACGUCAUCGCGGCCUCCAUCAACAAGGAGUCGAGCAGGGUGUACCUCACCGACCCCGUGCACUUCACGCUGGAACACAUCGACCCUGACAAUUAUUUCAAUGCAAAUUGUUCCUUCUGGAACUACUCAGAGAGGACUAUGAUGGGAUACUGGUCAACUCAAGGCUGCAAACUGGUUGACACAAAUAAAACUCACACAACGUGUGCUUGCAGUCACCUCACCAACUUUGCAAUUCUUAUGGCCCGCCGGGAAAUUGUGUACAAAGAUGGAGUGCACGAAUUGCUCCUCACUGUCAUCACCUGGGUGGGAAUUGUCAUCUCUCUUGUUUGCCUGGCCAUCUGCAUCUUCACAUUCUGUUUUUUCCGUGGCCUGCAAAGUGAUCGUAACACUAUUCACAAGAACCUUUGUAUCAACCUAUUCAUUGCUGAGUUCAUUUUCCUAAUAGGCAUCGAUAAGACAGAGUACAAGAUUGCAUGUCCGGUUUUUGCAGGUCUCUUACACUUUUUCUUCCUGGCAGCCUUUGCCUGGAUGUGUCUAGAAGGAGUGCAGCUUUAUCUAAUGUUAGUAGAAGUAUUUGAAAGUGAAUAUUCUAGAAAGAAGUACUAUUAUGUUGCUGGCUACCUCUUCCCUGCUACAGUAGUUGGUGUCUCAGCAGCUAUUGACUACAAGAGCUACGGAACAGAGAAAGCUUGCUGGCUACACGUAGAUAACUAUUUUAUCUGGAGUUUCAUUGGACCUGUUACCUUUAUUAUUCUGCUGAAUCUUAUCUUCCUGGUGAUCACAUUGUGCAAAAUGGUGAAACACUCAAACACUUUGAAACCAGACUCUAGCAGGUUGGAAAACAUUAAAUCCUGGGUCCUGGGUGCAUUUGCUCUCCUGUGUCUCCUUGGCCUAACAUGGUCAUUUGGUCUGCUGUUUAUAAAUGAGGGGACCGUUGUGAUGACAUAUCUCUUCACAGUAUUUAAUGCUUUCCAAGGAAUGUUUAUUUUCAUCUUUCAUUGUGCCCUUCAAAAGAAAGUACGUAAGGAAUAUGGGAAAUGCUUCCGACACUCCUACUGCUGCGGGGGGCUUCCAACGGAGAGUCCCCACAGCUCAGUGAAGGCCUCGACGACGAGAACGAGCGCCCGCUACUCCUCUGGCACUCAGAGUCGGAUAAGGAGGAUGUGGAAUGACACUGUGAGAAAACAAUCGGAAUCGUCUUUUAUCUCAGGUGACAUCAACAGCACUUCAACACUUAAUCAAGGAAUGACUGGCAAUUACCUACUAACAAACCCUCUUCUUCGACCACACGGCACUAACAACCCCUAUAACACAUUGCUCGCAGAAACAGUUGUAUGUAAUGCCCCUUCAGCUCCUGUGUUUAACUCACCAGGACAUUCACUGAACAAUGCCAGGGAUACAAGUGCCAUGGAUACUCUACCGCUAAAUGGUAAUUUCAACAACAGCUACUCACUGCGCAAUGGAGACUAUAACGACAGCGUGCAAGUUGUAGACUGUGGACUAAGCCUGAAUGAUACAGCUUUUGAGAAAAUGAUCAUUUCAGAGUUAGUGCACAACAACCUGCGGGGCAGCAGCAAGAACCACAACCUGGAGCGGGCGCUGCCGGCCAAGGCCGUGAUCGGCGGGAGCAGUAGCGAAGAUGACGCCAUCGUGGCAGACGCCUCAUCUUUGAUGCACAGCGACACCCCCGGGCUGGAGCUCCACCACAAGGAGCUGGAGGCCCCGCUCAUCCCUCAGCGGACUCACUCCCUUCUGUACCAGCCCCAGAAGAAAGUGAAGACCGAGGGAACUGACAGCUACGUCUCACAGCUGACAGCCGAGGCUGACGACCACCUCCAGUCCCCCAACAGAGACUCUCUUUACACGAGCAUGCCCAACCUCAGAGACUCUCCCUAUCCAGAGAGCAGCCCCGACAUUGAAGAAGACCUCUCUCCUUCCAGGAGGAGUGAAAAUGAGGACAUUUACUACAAGAGCAUGCCAAACCUAGGAGCUGGCCAUCAGCUUCAGAUGUACUAUCAAAUCAGCAGGGGUAAUAGCGACGGCUAUAUCAUUCCCAUUAACAAGGAAGGAUGUAUUCCGGAAGGAGAUGUUAGAGAAGGACAAAUGCAACUGGUGACAAGCCUUUAAUAGUGUAGCAAAGAAAUAUUAAAGGCCACAUUCAAGUAUUAAAAAGACUUAAUUGGCCCCCUGCAGGCUCCCUCAUACCUGCUCGAAGAGACAAUUCUGUUGACCCUGUGGUUCUCCAGUAACAGGGAUGACUGGACCUCGCAGUUCUGUGAAUUUUUAUAAAACAAAAACUUUGUAUAUACACAGAGUAUACUAAAAUGAAUUAUUUGUUACAAAGAAAAGAAAUACCAACAAGGUAUUUAAGAUAUCUUCUGCUGCUGAAUUUAACAAAAUUGUGAAAAAAAGAGAAAUAAACACUUUCCAGCCAUUUUACUGCAGCAGUUUGUGAACUAAAUUUGUAAAUAUGGCUGCACCAUUUUUUUUUUCCUGGGCCUACAUUGUAUUAUAUACAAGACGUAGGCUUUAAAAUCCUGUGGGACAAAUUUACUGUACCUUACUAUUCCUGACAAGACUUGCAAAAGCAGGAGAGAUAUUCUGCAUCAGUUUGCAGUUCACUGCAAAUCUUUUCCAUUAGGGCAAAGAUUGAAUACAUGUCUAACCACUAGCAAUCAAGCCACAGGCCUUAUUUCAUAUAUUUCCUCAACUGUACAAUGAACCGUUCUCAUGAAAAAAUGGCUAAAGAAAUUAUAUUUUGUUCUAUUGCUAGGGUAAAAUAAAUACAUUUGUGUCCAACUGAAAUAUAAUUGUCAUUAAAAAAUAAUUUUAAAGAGUUUGAAGAAAAUAUUGUGAAAAGCUCUUGGUUGCACAUAUGUUAUAAGCUGUUUUUCUUACACUGUUCAUAGUACGAUAGUUUGUUUAAAAUGCAAGUUCUACCUGUUUUCACUUAUUUUUUCACUGUAAACAGUGUUCUGCUUUGACAAGUUAGUUUUUAUUCUUAAGUUUUGAAUUUUUAUUGCCAAAAACCACCAUAAUUUGGGGAGAAAAUUGUUUUAGAAGCCAAUUAUGCCAAGCCUUGCACAAAUUUGGUGUAUCUAACAAAGAUUGUAACUCAAUUCCCUGUUCAUUCUUUAAUCAGGGUUGGGUGGUAAGGGGUAAAGGGGACACUGGACACUUCUCACAAGCUUUCUCGUGAAUAAAAGGUGCCUGUCCUUUAAAAAGAAAAAUAAAACAUAACUAUAACUCUUCCAUA